AAUGUACGUGAGUUUAUCUCUUGGAGAAGGACACCAGUAUGUACCAGAAUUCCGUAAGACACACAAGCCUAAACCUGAACCCUCAGAAUUUUGUACCCGCACCUCCUCAGUAUCCGGACUUCACAGGAUACCAUCACGUCUCUGGAAUUACCAACGACCCUCACCACAGCCAGACAGGAGCCUGGAAUCCCGCGUACCCUCCUCCGCGAGAGGAAUGGACACCUUAUGGGCCGGGAACUGGACCUUCGACCUCGAGCACUGGUCAGCUGGGCUACAGCCCUCCAGAGUUUUCAUCUGUUCAAGCGUCCGGCCUUCUUCCAUCCUCCAUAAACUCAUCAGUCGGUCAGCUGUCGCCCAACUCUCAGAGACGGAACCCCUACGACUGGAUGCGUCGGAGCGCGCCGCCGCCAAACUCAGGGGGGAAAACCAGAACAAAAGACAAAUAUCGGGUAGUGUACACAGAUCAUCAGCGACUGGAGCUGGAGAAAGAAUUUCAUUACAGCCGUUACAUCACAAUAAGAAGAAAGGCAGAACUGGCAACAGCACUCAGUCUGUCAGAGAGACAGGUGAAGAUCUGGUUCCAGAACCGGCGUGCUAAAGAGAGGAAAGUCAAUAAAAAGAAAAUGCAACAGCCGCAGCCGGCAUCCACAACCACACCAACCCCACCUGGUUCAGCUCUGCCUGGCAAUGUUCCCAUGGUGACGAGCAGCAGCAGUGGCCUGGUAUCACCAUCUAUGCCAAUGACUAUCAAAGAAGAGUACUGAAGACGUGCAGACUUUUAUACAGAGCCCUUUCACACUUUUACACACAGGGAACUUUCAAAUCAACUCAUCAAUGAAAACACAACAUGAAUGUGGCAACCGUGACAAAGACUGUGGAAAAAUAUGAAUUAAAAAGUAGUCCACCAAAAAGUAAUGCAGCAACAUUCUCUGAUGAAAAAGAAACGUUGUGUACUAUUCCUCUGGUCGUGUCGGUUUCUUUAUUCUACUACGUUAUUACUGCUGUUGUUGUGCUCAUCAGUGUAAACUUUAAUAUGUUUUCAGAUUGUAAAAGUUAAUUCAAAUAACUGUGCAUUUCUUAAGUAAGUCAUAUGAAUAAAAUAAAUGUUUUAUUGUGGCAAAUCCAUUCAUUUCAGACUUGCCAUGGAGAAACCGUCCAUUUCCAUAGCUGUUAAAAUAUGUCUUCCCUCAGAUAUCAGAAACAGCUGUUUGUGUCCAGCAUUGAUUUGUCAGUUUUAUUGAAGGUGUUUCCAUUUUCACCCAGUUUGCUCCUGCUUUUUGUAAAAAAAAAAAAAAAAACAUUGUGGAAAAUGUCAGAUGUGUUUUAUCUGCACUUCAUCCAAAUGGAGAAGCACAGGAGAAGAACUGCUAGCGUGUGAGUGGACAGGAGCUGGUGCUGUUUGCACAGUGUAACGGCAUCGCUGGAUAAGAGACGAGUGCACGCUGAGAAACUGUGAGCUGUUUCAUUAUCAAGCACACUCUGGACUCUCUUAUCAAUGGUGUGACAGAGAAGCUCAGCUUGACGGGCAGAACAUAUCUCCUCUACGGCAUCG